UGUGUUUUUUGUCAGUGGGCUGGCCCGAGGUGGAGGGGAACGGUUGGAGGGGGUUUCAGAGGAGGAGAGAGUGAGAACAGCAUUUUGAAACCCAGCUGAUCAGAGCUGUGGUAUUCUGCCACAGAGGCAGAGGCAGAGGGAGCGUGACUGGGAAAAAGAAAAGAGGUGAGAGGGAAAGCAGCUGAAAUCUUUGCAAUCUGAAGACUGAGAAUGUACGAGUAGAAGAGUGGAAAAGAAAUAUCUCCUUCCUUAUCAUGAGAAACUGGGCGCUCCUGUGAAGAGAGAGGCUCUGUGGAAAGAUGUGAGAGCUGUUGGCAGGGUGGAAAUCUGAAGAGGAGGAAUCGCACAGAAAAGGAUCUGACAGGCUCUGGAAACCAGCCCAGUGAACCCGAGAGUCUACAGAGGGUUGAAGAACCCCCGUGGAAAGAGGAGGGAUGUCUUGGCUGUCACCCGUGUCAUGGGCCAAAUGGACGUGGACGGCGGUGCGAGGGGGAGAGGGAGAGGGAGAGGGAGAGGAAGAUGAAGAGGGGCUGGAGGCCAGCGAGGAGAGGGAGCAACGUGGAGAGACGGGAGAGGAAGAGGAGGAGAGAUCUCAAGGCUGCAGCUCUGACUCAGAGGGUCAUUUUGACACUCCUGAAGCAGCAACUCCUGUCCGCGCCCCUCCGACCUUCCCAGGAGAGCUGGAGAACAACAACGCUGAGCCAGACAAAACAGAUGCGGAUAAAGAGGAGCACCUGAUCGUGACUGCGCCUGUUGGGGAUCAGGAUUUUUUGCUCAACCUCAGCAUGGGUCUGGAUGAGCCUGCGGUCCCCAUGGGUGGCCCGCUGAAAGUAAACAUCCAGACCGUGGAAGCAGAACAAACAGAGAAUCUUCCAGAAGCCCUGGGAUCUGCGCCUGUCCCUGCUUCACCCUCAGUGAAGGAAACGCUUGAAGUGGCUAAAUGCACAGCGCCUGCCUCUGAGCCAUCCCAGGCCCCAGUCCCUGUCCUAGUUGCAGAUCCUGUCCCGGAUGUGACUCCUGCUCCAGCUCCAGCUCCAACCCCGGAACGAGACUCAGUCCAGAGCAGUGAAUUUGCAGCCAGCCAAGCUCUGGAGCCCCCCGAGCAGAAACCUCUUGCUGAACCAGAACCACAGUGCAAUGGCCUCAACCAGACGGAGCCCACUCAAAAGACUAAAAGCAGCAAGUCUAAGCCUCCGCCCCUGAAGGUAAAGGCCCCGCUAGACGAUCUUACCCAAACAAAUGAGGAACAAGAACUUCCUAUUCCCAAGGGCACUUAUAAAUUUGACCCCGACCAGCUGGACGACAGCUUUAACCCCUUCACCACCGGCGGAUCCAAAAUCCAGAACUCUCCCCCACCGUGUGGUUCAAGCUCUCUCCCAAGGCUCGAGCCACUUGGUGGUUCAUUGCCUGUCUGUGAGGCCAGCUCAGCAGCUCCAGCAGACUUGGAGAUGAUGGAGGCAUCAUCAAAGGCGCAGUCCAUGGUGCUGGAUUUCAGUCUGGACGAGGGGACAGUCAGCAAGCCACCUCCGAGGAAAUUAGGUGGUAAAAAGACAGCAAAAGUCAGCAAACUCUCUGCUAAGAAGCAGAAGCCCAAAGGAUCAGCGGCUUCCAGCAAACCUGCACCAGAACCCACAGAAACAGAUUCUGAACCAGUGUCAGAACCAGUUCCUCAACCAGCAUCAGAACCAGUUUCUCAACCAGCAUCAGAACCAGUUUCUCAACCAGCAUCAGAACCAGUUUCAGACCCUCUUCCAGAACCUGCUUUGCCAGUCUCAGACUGUACUGCACCUCUGAACCUUGACGAUGUUCCUAUUCCUAAGACAGGAACGUACAACUUCGAUCCCAGCCGGUGGGACGACCCGAACUUCAAUCCCUUUGGUAGUAAUAACAAAAUGAGCAGCUCUCCGGUGCUCCCUAAGGGCUCUUACAACUUUGAUCCAGACAAUUUUGAUGACUCUGUGGAUCCUUUUAAAUCCUCCAAAACCCUGAGCACAGACGACUCGUCCAGUAGCAUCCCGGAGCCGGACAAAGUAAAAGUGAAAGAGGGAGGCAAACAGAAAGCAGGGCACCCGGCAGGAGAGAAGAAAGUGAGGCAGAUUCCCAAGAAAAGCAAAGAGAGGACAAUCACGAAUUCCUGUAAAGUUCAGAAAUACGAUGAGAGCCAGUCCCUGGUGCUCGACGUGUGCAGUCAGGAAGAGGAUGAGGUGGUGGUUCAGACCCCCGAGAUCACUCAACGAGUUCAUCACGCCACUGAUGAGGAGAAGCUUGCCUCCACAGGCAUUAUGGGCCAGACAACAGACAGCAAGGAGGAGAGAAGAGAACCCGAAUGCAAUAAAGCACCUGCGACAAAACAGCCAGUCAUCGAUAUACCUGCUAUGAAGGGUUCCGACACAAAGACUGCAGAUCACCUGGAGGAGAGGGACACCUGCAGCCUGAAAGACGACAUAGUAUCACAGAGUGAGAUAUCCAUGAACCAAACAACAAAGGUGAUCAGCAGCGAGGCCCCAAACACAGCAGCCAUGUCCGAGGACGACGUGCCUCUGAGUGAGAUGGACAAGGCAGCGGUGCUCACCCUGAUCAGAGAAGAGAUCAUCACCAAAGAGAUUGAGGUCAAUGAGUGGAAGAGGAAGUACGAGGAGAGCAGAGCUGAGGUUUUGGAGAUGAGGAAAAUAGUUGCAGAAUAUGAGAAAACUGUUGCACAGAUGAUUGAGGACGAGCAGCAGCAGAAGACCCUGUCCUGCAGUAAGUCAGUCAGGCAGCUGACCGCAGAGAGGGAUCAGGCCGUGGCAGACCUCAACUCUGUGGAACGCUCCUUCGCCGACCUCUUCAGGAGGUAUGAGAACAUGAAGGGAGUCCUGGAAGGCUUCAAGAAGAAUGAGGAGGUGCUGAAGAAGUGCGCACAGGACUACCUAAUGCGGAUCAAGCAGGAGGAGCAGCGAUACCAAACCCUCAAAGUGCACGCUGAGGAGAAACUGGACAAGGCCAACGAGGAGAUAGCCCAGGUACGUGCCAAGGCCAACGCUGAGGGUGUUGCACUAAACGCAAGCCUGAGGAAGGAGCAGAUGAGGGUGGAGUCACUUGAAAGAGCGGUCCUCCAAAAGAAUCAAGAGAUCGAGGAGCUCACAAAGAUCUGUGAUGAACUGAUCGCCAAACUGGGAACAGAAUAAGAAGCCUUUACUCAAACUCUCUCUGCGGCAUUCAUACUGAACUAUGAAACCAGAACAACGACUGGUCAUUGCGUUAAUCAUGCCGUGGCUGUUGAAGAAGCACAAAGUUAUCAUGAGAUGUGUUUUGUGGCUCAAGGAUUCAUCCGUAUUAAACACUUGAUCCUCUUCUUUGAAAUGUGUUGCAUUGGAAAAAAUCAACCAGUUUGUUGUAUUACAAAAAAAUCCACUAUCUUUUUCUACUGCAUGUUUAACUCAGAACUGUAGGGAAUAAUGUGAGAACUAAGGGAAAGAUGGUACACAGCACACACUUCUUUCACCACAGCGCACCUACAUGUAAGUGCAUGUGUUGAUGAUGCAGAAAGGACAAAUCUCUCUACUGAGUGCCUGAACUGAUCACAGCAUAUUAGCUUUCUGGCCUUUAGAAGUUUCUUUUGUGACACAGACAUUUUAGAUCUGCUGGUUAUCUUCUUUCAUCAGCAAAUGCACUUAAAGUCAUAUUACAGAGUAUUUCUUGAGCCGCCUUUGAGUUCGUUCCACUUUCUCGUUUCACAGGAUACCAUACACAGCGUGUGAAGUCCUCGGUUAUGCAGGGUGUGAAGUUAAACCGCACAGUGAGGACAUCUUGUACUCUAUGCCCCAACAUAAAUCUCUGGGAUUAUUAAAUAUGAAGAGCACUUAAGAGAAUCAUAUCUGAAAUUCCGAUCUAUAAUAUUCAUUUGAUGAUUGUUUGACAGCGAUGGGUGGAAACUGAAGGCUGGUUUGAAGCUGAAGUCGGGAAAACUUUGCUCUUAUUAUGCUGUAACGUUAAACCAUGUGCCAUGUUUCAUUUUCUCGCUCUGCGUAUGAGUGCGGAAAAGUUAGAAUCACAUCCUGUCGCUGCCAUGUAGAUAUUGUUGGACUGUGCCUUUAUAUAUAUAUAUAUAUAUAUAUAUAUAUAUAUAUAUAUAAAGGAUUUGUUUUCUUUGUUCCUCUGUUGCCAAAGUGUGCUGUAUGCAGUAUAUAACUUUUAUGAUCAAAAUAUCCUGAACAACAGUGGGCUAUAAUGGGUUUGCAGUUUUAAUGCUUUACCUACAGCAGAUGAAUGGUGGGCUACAUUACUCUUUAAGGUGAAGGUCUGUGUGUUGGUGUGCAGCGGUUCAUUGUGGAAUAAUUAUCUUCAUUGCUAACAUCAGCAUUUUCCGGUCUGAGCGAGCACACGUGUGCAGUUUUGUUCAGAUGUGUCUCAGACAUUAAGGACAGACUCUUCUGAGGAACCCUUCCUCCACGUCAGCACAAUCAAUUGCCAAAUGUCAUUGUAAAAUGGAGAUGGGUCUCAACGUGACUCUGUGUCCUGUUGUAGUGGUGUCACAUUAGUCUGAAGGUGCUUUUCAAUGCAAAUCCAUUGUUACAGUACAGUAUGUGUACAUUUUAUACUUUACGAGAAGAAUUUUGUCGCUAAUAUUUGUAAAAUUGAAGAAUUACGUAUACCCAGAUUGUAUGUUACCUGCUAUAUUUUGUGCAUUCCUGAAUAAAUGGUUAAGAUUUA